UGUAGCGCAGAGACACACGGAGGGAAACUGUUAAACAGCAGCAGCUUUAUGAGGAGAAAAAAUGUUGAGACAGCUCAAGAUUCAGGAUUGAAGUCAAAAUGCGCCCGCUGCUGUUCAUCUUCCUCUGCCUCAGUGUGUGUGGGUCUGUACUGGGUUCUGUGGUUCCUCCAUCAUGUGUCUCUGUGUAUCGAGGCUUUGCUCAGUGUUUAGUGACUCUUGGAGACGAGGUGACUAGCCAAACUGAUAUCAACCACAACAUCGACUCCAUGUGCCGAUCCUGGGACGCUUUCGAGCGGUGUGUGAGUGGCGUGCUGUCCAAGUGCCACAGCGAGAACACUGCAGAACUCUGGGAGUCUUUAAAGGCGGAGUCUCGGAGGACACAGCUCUCGGGGAAUCUACACGCAAUGUGUUACAGGAGCACCUGGACAUCUCCUCUGACUCUGCCCACUACUGAGCAGACCAAUCAGGAGUCUCUAAAAGGCAAAGGUGUGAGCAGUGACCACACCAAUUCUGUGUGCUUGGUCCUGGCCUGCAUGCUCUAUUUACUGAUUUGAUGUAUUUAGUUAAAGUA